AAAAUAAUCCCUGGCACCGUGGCACACGGAAGCUGCUUAGGCGCUAUUUAGAAGGACCACCUGGAACUUUGAUGCUGUUUAUCUACUGCAAAAGGCGAAUUCAAGCAGCGAUCUUUUGCAUGCCAAAAUUAGCUGCUUAAGCAAUUUUGGCUAUUUGGGGUGUAUCUCGGGGACCGCCUGUAUUAGUUUUCUUUAAACGAAUGAAGCAAACAGUGCUCUAUUAACGAUAACCAAAACAGCUGUAGUUCAAACAAACAUAUUCAAUUAAGCAAUUUUUUUAAACAUAACAAUGCAGUUUCAUUACUAUCAAUAAAUUCAAUACUCGCCUGAUGCGCAAAAAUUACAAACACAUUUAUGGGCUCGGUCCCCAACAAAAGCGUAUGUUGAAUAAUAACCGUACAGUUUAACCGUUUCUAUAGCCAUUUCGUUAAAACGGUUACUUGGGUCGAAAUGUCAAUUUAGUAAAUGCUGUUUUCAAGUCCAACGGGUUUCCUUGUUUUGUUUGAUAUUUUUAAAGUCGCUAGUUUGUGCUGAAAAAUGACUUCAUGUAAAUAUUCCGAGCAGCUCGCUAAUAUGAAGCGACUAAAAGAAAAAAUGAAGGCAUUGUACCAUGAAACAGUGGAACAGGAGCCGACAGAUUCGCACUGGGACACCGUUUACUGUAACAUUAAUAACGUGAUGGAGCAACUCAAAAUACACAACCUGAAAGCACAGCAACAUCAAAGCACUGACCCAUGGUCCGAAAAGGAUAUGGUUAAUUUAAACAAAAUACUUGCACUUACUUACGCUUGUAUCAAGGAUUGCGGUAACAUCAAGCAACAUGAUGGCUACGACUGUACAAGCAAAGAUGGUAACUCAGCAGUCGUUCCUGGAUUUGGAGAGCAAAUGGUCAAAAUGAAACAACAAAUUGAUUUGAUUUCAUUCGAAAUAACUAAACUGAAAGCGGUCAAGGACGCUCUCGACAACAUUUACUCGAACUAUAAUGUGGAAAUGGCUGUUUCAUCAAAUGAGCAAGAUAACGAAGAAGAAUGUGAUGAGGCAGUGGACGAUGUUUUCAUCUAAUCCUUGCGCAAUGAUAUGAGUAACAUGUAAAUAUUAAAGGUUCUCAUUGUAAAACAAUUAA